AUGAGCGUCUUCUCGCCACAAGCCGCCGGCGGGCCGUCGCCUCCUGACCAACCGUUCGAGGGCUCGCUUCGUCGAGAGCGCGCAUCCAUUGCCGCCCAGGCCUGCGAGACGUGCAGGGCCCGCAAGUCCAAAUGUGACGAACGCCGGCCAAAGUGCGGUCUUUGCCAGCGUGUGGGAGCCGACUGCCGCUACAGAGAGCCGCAGCCAACGAAGAAGGACAAGACCAUGGUCUUCAUGCUGGACGCUCUGCAGCGUAUUGAGGCAAAGGUCGACCAGAUAGGCAAGGCUGCCACCCCGGAGACUGGUGCGUAUGAAUCCAGCCUCUACACAACCCCGCCGUCCGGCCGUCUCCCGUCAAUUGGCAGCGCUUCGAUGUUGGUGCAAGAUCAGGAACACCCACCUCUGCAACAAUCCCAGCCUCAGAGCCCGCUAGGUCACCGACCCCCGGACGCUCAAAUCUCCUCAUCACACAAGGUCCUUCUUUGGCCAUUCAUCCACGCCCGUCUUGCCGAAUUCGACGUGGACGUGGCAGAAGACCUCCAAGCGCUUACGCAAGAGGGCACGCCGUGGUUCCUGCACCACGAGCUGCGAAGGCACCCGGAUCCCUUGCCCGCCGACGUACGCCUGGAAGCAGAGCCUGUCCCCGAUCUCUUAGCUCCCGAUGCCGCGAAUAGAGUGCGAUUUCCGAACCUCACCUACGAGGAAAUGAAAACAUACGCCACUCAUUACUUCAAUACGUUCAACGUGCUGUACCUGAUCCUAGACCGGCAGAGCUUUAUGGAUGUCGUGCUGCCAAAGGUUGCUGGUUACGGGUUCGGAGACGGCGAUUAUGGUUCGAUAAUUUCUCUGUUGGUCUUUGCCCUGGGUAAAGUGGCCCUCGACGGAACGCGGUCGGCACCGGUCGAUAAUGGACUGCCUUUCGAGAGCGGCGUGCGAGGGGGCACACCAGAUAGACCGCCAGGGCUUGAUAUAUUCAAUGAGGCUCGUCGGCGGUAUGGCUUCGUAGCGAAUCAAUGCUCGGUUGAGACCAUCCAGAUCAUGCUGCUAUUGGCAGUAUACUACGAGUCCUGUGGCAGACACCUCGACUUCUGGCGUGCUUCCCGAGCGGCGUCCACGGGCUUUCAAAUCCUGAUCCGAAGCUGGUAUCAUUACGACCUCGAUCUUCCGUGGACGGGAGUGUGCGACCAUGAGGACGAAAUACCGCUUCCCGGCGAGCUUUUGGGCCAGAGGACAGAGGAAGACCAACAGACGGUCAUGUACUUCCUCGCGAUGAUAGCUCUGCGUCGACUGGUGACGCGCGUCCACAAAGUCAUUUUCGACGCAUCCAAAGCGACGUCUGAGAUACCCGAAGGAUACGAUGGACCCCCCACGCACGUCAUACGUGAGCUCUCUCGCCAGCUCGAGUCCUGGAGAUCCAGGUUGCCACCGUCCCUGCAGUGGGCUGACGAGCCAUCCGAAUGCCGCUUCAACUACUCUGACCCCGAUUCAUCGAAGGGCACAAGAUCCUUUACUCCCAACAGCACCCGCACUCCCCCCGGAGAACCCAUCAGCUUGGAUCUCGCCAUUGCACACUUACGUUCGCGGUACUACUACACGCGUUUCAUCUUAUACCGACCUUUCGUGUACAAAGUUCUCCACUGGCCGGCACUGACGACGAAUGAAGACCGGCAACUCGCGGGACUGUGUAUCAAGAGCACUCUGAUGUGGCCGAUUGCGCUUGCGCCCCCCAAGGACCGCAAGAGGCUGGUACCAUACUUGUUUGUGUGGACGCAGAACUUCAUCAGUAUCUUGCUUGUUCUGCGGGUUACAACGGUUAGUAGUAUCCUCGCCGAUGUCUGCCGCAGGACAAUCGACAAUACAGAACUGAUGCUCACCGUCCAAUGUCUUCUCGAGUGGCUUGCUGACGUACGGACAAUCGAUGGGACUGCUAUGUGGAGCUGGAAGAUAUUAGACCCGUUAUUCCGCGACAUCUUCCCACACAUGUCCGCUGCCAAUUCCUAG